UAUUGUAAGAAUAACUUCACAUAUGAAAAUGGCGGCGAGUCAGGGAGGCGGAGGAGCAAUAACGGGUCUCCACAGCCAUCACUAUGCGAACGGACCUCACUGGAACCCGGGGGUUCUUCAGCAUCAGAACCAUCUCCACACGGCUCGCAGCCUGGACCGUGCUUUGGAGGAUGCUGCGUGCUCGGGGAUACUGAAUCUCAGCGGAAGGAAACUGAGGGAAUAUCCCGGUAUGAGCUACGAUCUGACUGAUACAACACAAGCAGAUCUCUCAAGGAACAGGUUCACAGAAAUCCCCCCGGAUGUGUGCCUGUUUGCGCCUUUGGAGUCAUUAAACCUCUACCACAACUGCAUCAAAUGCAUUCCGGAGGCCAUCAUCAACCUGCAGAUGCUAACCUACCUGAACAUCAGUCGGAACCUUCUGUCAACACUGCCAAAAUACUUGUUCAACCUUCCGCUGAAGGUGCUAGUUGUGAGCAACAACAAGCUUGUCUCAAUCCCUGAAGAAAUCGGGAAGUCCAAGGACCUCAUGGAGUUGGAUAUCAGCUGCAAUGAGAUCCAGGUUCUUCCGGCUCAGAUGGGGAAGCUCCAUGCCUUACGGGAGCUGAACAUGCGGAGGAACUGCCUGCAGGUGCUGCCGGAGGAGCUGGCUGAUCUUCCGCUCAUCAGACUCGACUUCUCCUGCAACAAGAUAACGGAGAUCCCCCCCGUCUACAGGAGAAUGAGGCAGCUGCAGCACGUCGUCCUAGACAACAACCCCAUGCAGUCACCGCCUGCCCAGAUUUGCCUUAAGGGUAAAGUGCAUAUAUUCAAGUAUUUAAACAUCCAAGCUUGUAGGAUGGACAAGAAGCCUGACUCCCUUGACCUCCCUACUCUGGCCAAACGCUGCCUUCCACAACCUUUGACGGACAGUAUGGAGGAUUUUUACCCCAAAAACCAUGGACCUGACUCAGGCAUUGGGAGUGACAAUGGGGAUAAGAGGUUGUCAACAACAGAGCCCUCGGACGACGACACCAUCAGCCUCCACUCGCAGGUGUCGGAGACGGCGCGAGACCAGGCACGGGCAGAUGCACACUCGCUGCUCUCCAAACUGGACUCCAGCAAAGAUCAGGAGCCUUAUGACUUCAUUGACCCAAACCAGGAGGAGGACACAGCACAGACGGAGGGAGAUGUGCAGCAGAGCACCCCCUAUAUAUCGUGUAUAAAGGAACUUGAGAAAGUACUUAAGUGCCAACAAAGCAAAGACAAGGAGAAUUGGAAAGAGGAGUCUGGCCUGGCAAAAGAGCAGCUGGCAGAAGAGGAGGAAGAUGAGUUGAAGGAGGUCAUUGACCUGAGGAAGAUUGCUGUCCAGCUGCUGCAACAGGAGCAACAGAACAGACGGCGGUCCUUAAUUUGUAGAGCCGAAAGCCUUAUCCAUCGAAGGAGGGCACUGGGCCGGGCGCACAGGUUCCUCAGUCAUUCAGGCAGCGCAAGCAGUAAACAGAGGUCUCCCUCCCAAACCAUCAGGAGUGUUUCCACGGAAGAGCCGAGUGCGGCGGGGUCAGCAGUCAGCGGACAGCCGUCCUCUUCGGUGUCUUUCGAUGGGACCCAAAAUCUGGAACAAGCCGACUCUGAGCCCAGGUGGCCUGAGGUGCCGCCAGUCCUGAACCAAAACGAGGAGCGGAGGCGAAAUAAGUAUCUACGAAAAGACUAUUUGAAGCACAAGUGUCAGAGUGCACGAAGAAACUCCAGUGGCAACGACAACGAGUGUGAGGAAGGAGUGCACUCUGCAGAUUUCACCACAACUUUAACGGUGUUUGGGUUGAAGCCAAGAUCUGCAUUUUCCCGAGGCAGUCGGCAGGAGUACAGCUCUACUGAUCCCAGCUUCACCAUGAGGAGGAAGAUGGAGCACCUGCGAGAAGAGAUGGAGCAGAUCGGACUCCUGCGACAGAAUCUGGAGUCCAGGUUGAAGGUGCUGCUUCCAGACGACGUGGGCGCGGCCCUGAUGGACGGCGUGGUCCUGUGCCACCUGGCCAAUCACAUUCGGCCACGCUCAGUUGCCAGCAUCCACGUACCUUCCCCCGCAGUGCCAAAACUGAGCAUGGCCAAGUGCCGCCGGAAUGUGGAAAACUUCCUUGAUGCAUGUAAGAAGUUGGGAGUGCCUCAGGAGAAGCUGUGCUUGCCGCAUCACAUCUUAGAGGAGCGAGGGUUGGUGAAGGUUGGCAUGACGGUCCAGGCUUUGUUGGACUUGCCUACGUCGAGGCCGACCCAGCUGUCUGGUGUAUAACCACGCCCUGGUUGCAGGCCUCUUCCUGCCUGUUCUGCCCACUGCACCACUGCUCCAAGCCCAGGAGGGGGCAGUCACUGCCUCACGCUCCCCGCCGUGGGCCCAGGGAGACCCACUACCCACCACCAGCAGCCCUUUGCCCACACCUCAUUUUAGAAGGGGGGGAGAAAUUCUUCAGAAGGCUGAUUGAAUUGGGAAGGGGGAUUUCCCAGUCAGACCUCCUUCCUGUAUGAUAUCAGCUUGAACUGGCCAACCUGAUAAGUUUACCUUUUUAUUAUCAAGAUUUCCCAAAAUGUUUUUUUUUUUUUUGGUGACAUGAGACAAUAAUGGGCUGUGAAAAACACAGGGCCAUUCAGUGGUCUGAACAGGUGGUUUCUCAAAGCCGUCAUCAGACUAUUCCAGAGGGGUAUGAGCUCACGCUGACACUGUUACAAAAUACAGUACAUCCUGUGAGUUAUGAGUUAUUCCCUGAACAAGCAUUAGGUUGUAAUAUACUAAUCUAAAUGGCACAAAUGUGGCUCAAAUCUCAGUCUUUUCACAAGAAGAAACUGCUCACCAAACAUACUCAUCAUUGAGGCUGACCUUGCUUUCAAAACAGCAUGUGUAACAACAGUGCUCUUUUAUUUGGCUGCAUUUGGUUCCCACUGAGACACAGAGAGGUGUGUUUUUACUGGUAAUUUUGUUCAAUCUUAUUCUGCGGGCAUCCUCCACAGAGAACAAAAUGACUUUUUUUUUUUUUUUUCAAAGUCACGUUUUGGAUUUACAAUUUAAAAAACACGACCUGGUGAAAGCGAGAAUGGGUGGUUUUCUCAAAUCUUUGUCACACCAUGUUGAACUUUACGAUGACGUAUGGUACAUAGCAGACUCUUUCAUUCACCUUUGGAAAAAUUGCUGUGAUCCACAGUUUGCGUAGUUCAUUCUGCAAACCACCUUGAUGUUUGAAUACUGCGAUGGAGUUAUCCAAUAGUGUUUUAAUUUCUUAUUUUAGGCCUGCAGAAUGCAUGCCAUCUAAAACUGUUGCUCUAAGUGCAGCGCCUGAUGUAAGUGGCAGACUUAUUUCAACAGUAUCACAGCUGGUAGAUGAACACGUUAAAAAAUGACACGUGUUCUUGCUGUGGCACUGCUUACCAAACAUUGUGCUAUCACAAUGUCAAAUGCCACAUGACCAGGGCAUCACCAGAAUGUUACAUGCUUGCUGCAGUUCAUCUUUGUCGUUGCUUUACCAUGCUGUGACAGUGAUGAGAAGAUUUCACAUUUUUUGCUUUUAUGCAGCCACUUUGGGCUGAUUGAUGGGCAGGGAAAUUACCACAAAUUGAAACUUGUGUGUCAUCAUGGAAG